UGUGUGUGCGGGUGACUAAUACACGACUCGUCUCCAGCUGGACUUACCACAUACCAACCCAUUCCCUUAAAGAGCUCAACGGGAGUAUUCAACUCGAAUUUGAGCAUAUAAUAGGUUCACCUGUCAAACGAGGAUUCGUAUUAAAAGGAAAAAUUCGGAGAAGGAACCUUUUGUCGAAAAAAUGAGCUCUGAGACGAAGAGUGUGGAAAAAAGAAGCGUUGUUGAAGAUGUACAAGUAAACGUAGAAGCCUUAAAAAAAGCUACGAGUCAAAGAGAGUCGCGUCUCGUGUACCGUGUACUUCGUACUACAUGUGACAUUAGUAAAAAACUGAACGCUAAAUCGUUCAGGGAACUUAUAAAGAAAUACUAUGGCGGCGAUACUGCUACUCGUAAUGAACUUUUACGCCUGUUUGAACAAGAAGACGGAAACGACGAUGCAACGAUGAUGGAUGAAGACAAAUCAGCAAAGGAAUCAAGUCCAGACCAGUCUGCAUUAGUGACAGAGGUCAAUAUGUACUUAAAGUUGCUUAUGGGAGUCCAUCUUUAUCACUACAAACAUUAUGAUAUUGGCUAUGUGUUUAUGAAAAAGACAAUUGAUGAAUUACAAGGAUUCAAUCGUCGUACGCUGGACCAGAUUGCUGCGAAGCUGUACUUUUACUUCACACUCUUUUCCGAGAGAUGCAACUCCUCGUCUGAAUGCCGUGAGACGUUGCUUUCCGUUCACAGAACUGCAACUCUACGUCAUGACACAGAGACACAGGCCAUGGUGCUGACGCUAUUGCUGCGAAACUAUAUCCAGUACAAUUUGUACGACCAAGCCGAUCGACUUAUUUCCAAAACUACAUUGCCCACGGACGCAGGCAACAACCUCGCCAUCCGUUACCAGUACUACAUCGGACGGAUUCGUGCCAUCCAGCUCGACUACACGACUGCUCAUGAGCACUUGGUGAGCGCUAUUCGCAAGGCACCCAACACCGUGUAUGCUGCACAAUUUCUGCAGGCCGUUUAUAAGCUGCAUAUUGUGGUUCAGUUGCUCAUGGGAGACAUUCCUGAGCGCCGUCUUUUCCGCCAAAAGUCAUUGGAGCACUUGCUUUUACCGUAUCUGCGCAUCAGCCAGGCUGUUCGUGCCGGUGACCUUGCUGCAUUCACGGAUGCCUUGUCGAAGUACGAGAGCGAGUUCCGUGAAGACGGUCUGUACAGUCUGAUUUGUCGUCUGCGGCAUACCGUUAUCAAGACGGGUCUUCGUAUGAUCUCGUUGGCUUAUUCCCGCAUCUCGUUGCGCGACAUUUGUCUCAAGCUGGGUCUUGACAGCGAGGAAAGUGCUGAGUAUGUAGUUGCCAAGGCUAUUCGUGACGGUGUGAUCGGUGCUUCCCUCAACCACGAGCAGGGCUACAUGGCCAGUAAUGAGGCUGUAGACAUUUACUCGACUCAGCAGCCUCAGGAGGCCUUCCACGAGCGCAUUAAGUUUUGUCUAGCCCUCCACAACGACAGUGUGAAAAGCAUGCGUUUCCCCAUGGACGCUCACAAGCGCGAGCUGAAGGGUCUGGAAGAAGCCCGUAAGCGUAUGGACAAGGAGAUGGCCGAAGCCGACUUGGACGCGGACGAACCUGAUCUGGGCGAGUUCUAGGCAAGCCUGAAUGGAGUGUCGUCCCGCGGGCUUUCCUGCUCAGCACCAUACAUUGCCAUACAGAUUCCUCCUUUGCUAGACAAUUGUGAAUAGUGAUGCCUAACGCUAUGUGGGGGUAGGUGGGCGAUUUGGAGGGUGCGUAUGCGUUCGUUCGCGCUAGUGCACGUUAAAUGAUAUAGCGAAGAGUGACCACACUACCUCGCUCGUCCUCGCCUCGCUAAAUUUCGCUAAAUUUCGUAAUAAUAAAUAUUGUGUCGCUGUUCAAAGACUC